AUGGACCGGGUACUCAAGAAUUUGAGAGUCCCAGAUGCUGAUCGCUCGGAGUUGGCGUCACAGAUGUUCCGGAAGGGAGCAUAUGAUUGGUGGAAGCGCAUUGACCAGGAUCCACACACGCCCAAGCCUUGGACCUGGGAUCGCUUUGAUCGAGCCUUCACAAAGGAGUACGUCCCCACCCGGUAUCGCGAGGAGAGGCGCGAUGAGUUCGUUGUGCUUAAGCAAGAGGGGAUGUCACUGCCUGAACUGAGACAAGAGUUCGACUACCUGUCCCAGUAUGCGACGAGUCUGGUCUCCACUCCGGAGGAUCGUUUGAAUGAGUUCGUCAAGAAGCUAUGGCCGAACUUGAGGCCGUACGCCGUGCUGAUCACGACGACAGAUUUUAAUGCGGCGUAUGAUUUGAUUGUGAAGACGGAAAAGAGCUUGGACGAUUUUCAGGCAACCAAGAAGGAGGAUCGAGCGACGAAAGACCCGCGACCCGCGGCCAGCACCGGGCCGAGCAGAAAGAGUUUUGGAUUCGGGGGAACGAG